AUGCGCCGCCUCAAUCUUCUAUUCCUGGCCGGCGUCCAUCUCAGCUAUGCACGAUCCCCGAGCUUCAGCAUUCACGAUGAUUUGCUCGCAUAUCCCCAGUUCGAAGUAGUAUUCGACAGCGAUCACAUCUCCGAAAAGGAUGCACAGGCACUCAUUGAUCGUAGCGAUCAACACCCGACGUACACGGCCGAGUUUUCCCAAGCGACAGACAACCAAGCGUACACAUCGACGACGUCUGACGGGGCUGUUCCAAGUUCUGGCGAGUCAGACGAAGUCGCGAGCUUUUCUUACGAGCUGUUGAACUUAUCGCCGUACCGGUAUCUGUGUUCAAUACCAGUCGUAAAACCAUCCGGGCCAGCAAACGAAACGGAGAAUGCACUCGCCAAAGCCGCAGAGGAACGAGAGCACCAGCGAGCGGCGGUAAAGGGGUGGGAGCUUGUAAACAAACUGCAAGGUUCCUGCUUGUACUACGUAUCUGGAUGGUGGAGCUACAGCUUCUGCAAAAAUCGCGAGGUUGUACAAUAUCACGCCGUGUCGGUUUCGAGCAACGGCCAGAUUCCCCGACGGGAUCCCAACGGCCAGGAAUACAUCUUGGGCCGGGUGCCGACGCUUCCCGCAACAGCUGGGGAGCGGAAGCAGAGAAGGCAGCAAGGCGACUUCGACGAUCCGCCCCGUCUGCCGGCCGAGCUACAGAUAAAAGGAGACCAGCGCUACCUUGUGCAGAAGCUGGAAGGCGGUACGGUCUGCGACUUGACGGGUAGGGACCGCAGAAUCGAAGUUCAAUACCAGUGCGUGCCGGGCAUCAAGUCUGACAAAAUUGGGUGGAUCAAGGAAGUCGUCACUUGCUCCUACGUUAUGAUGAUCAACACGCCCCGACUGUGCAAGGACGUCGCCUUCCAGCCGCCCGUCGAGAGGUCCGCAAACCCCAUAAACUGCAAGCUGAUAAGUGAAAGCGACACAUCCACAUUACUUUUGGACCAGCAGCCGACAGCGGCACACCCCGGCGGUGAUGACAGCAAGGAGCCCGUUAGGCAAGAGGACACCAACGAUGAGGCAGACGAGAAAAAGGAAACCACACAGGUCACGGUUGGGGGUGUUGUGGUCGGAGGCAAACGAGCAUUCCCGGCCGGCGAUGGCGACAGCAAGCCCCUCAAGCUCCUGUCGCUCAGUCAUUGGUUUGCGCCGCAGCCAAAGAUCUUGCAGAUCAUUGCCGAAGCGGCCAGCAAAGAGGAUGGCGGUAAAGUAAAGGGCCUAACCGAAGAGGAGCUCGAAAAGCUCAACGUCGACCCCAAGGCCGUCCGAGAAAUGCGCGAGAAGCUCAAGAAGCUCGCUGGCGAAAAGGGCUGGAAGAUGCAACUGUUCCAGAUGAACGAGGAAGACGAAAAGGAGCUCUUUGGCUACGUGGAUGACGCCGAAGAAGAAGCAAAGAACGCAGAGUCUGGAGACGGCGAGGCGGAGAGCGAUGGGGACGCCAAAGAGGACAGCAGGCUGAAUCAAAAGAAACCAGGCCAGCAGAGGACGAAAGCAAAUGACAAGAAGAAGAAGACGAAGAAGAAGAAGGAGGAGGACGAGGGACAAGGGAGUGAGGAAAAGUUUUUCAACCGUGAUGAAUUGUAA